AUGAGCAAGCCGGCCGGAUCAACAAGCCGCAUUUUAGAUAUCCCCUGUAAAGUGUGCGGGGACCGCAGCUCGGGGAAACACUACGGGGUCUACGCCUGCGACGGCUGCUCGGGGUUUUUCAAACGGAGUAUCCGAAGGAAUAGGACGUAUGUCUGCAAAUCUGGAAACCAGGGAGGCUGCCCCGUGGACAAGACGCACAGAAACCAGUGCAGGGCAUGUCGGCUCAAGAAGUGUUUGGAAGUCAACAUGAACAAAGAUGCCGUGCAGCACGAGCGGGGCCCUCGGACGUCCACCAUCCGCAAGCAGGUGGCCCUCUACUUCCGCGGACACAAGGAGGAGAACGGGGCGGCCGCGCACUUCCCCUCGGCGGCGCUGCCCGCCCCAGCCUUCUUCACCACCGUCACGCAGCUGGAGCCGCACGGCCUGGAGCUGGCCACGGUGUCCGCCACGCCCGAGCGCCAGGCCCUCGUGAGCCUGGCUCAGCCCACGCCCAAGUACCCCCAUGAAGUGAACGGGGCCCCCAUGUAUCUCUAUGAAGUGGCCACAGAGUCAGUGUGUGAAUCCGCGGCCAGGCUUCUCUUUAUGAGCAUCAAGUGGGCCAAGAGCGUACCAGCUUUCUCCACCCUGUCUUUGCAAGACCAGCUGAUGCUUUUGGAAGAUGCUUGGAGAGAACUGUUUGUUCUAGGAAUAGCACAAUGGGCCAUUCCGGUUGAUGCUAACACUCUACUGGCUGUAUCUGGCAUGAAUGGUGACAACACAGAUUCCCAGAAGCUGAACAAGAUUAUAUCUGAAAUACAGGCUUUACAAGAGGUGGUGGCUCGGUUUAGACAACUCCGGUUAGACGCUACUGAAUUUGCCUGUCUGAAAUGCAUCGUCACUUUCAAAGCUGUUCCUACACAUAGUGGUUCUGAACUGAGAAGUUUCCGGAAUGCUGCUGCCAUUGCAGCUCUUCAAGAUGAGGCUCAGCUAACUCUCAACAGCUACAUCCAUACCAGAUAUCCCACCCAACCCUGUCGCUUUGGAAAGCUCCUGCUGCUUUUGCCAGCUUUACGUUCUAUUAGCCCAUCGACCAUAGAAGAAGUGUUUUUCAAAAAAACCAUCGGCAAUGUGCCAAUUACAAGACUGCUUUCAGAUAUGUACAAAUCCAGCGAUAUCUAAGCUCUUCAAGUUCCCACUUUCCAGUAUGGCAUAGUCUCUGAUGAACUUCCAUCCACGGAGAACAUGCUUCAACUAACCAACCCUUCAGGAAGCAUAUAUCUGGGGGUGUGGAGCCUUCCGGAGAAAACAUCCAUGGACACAACAGUUCCAGUAGCUUUGACCUGCUGCUGCCUCAUCCAGGGCAGGGCAGCCCAGAAGGGCCGCCUGAGCAGAGAACUCGCUGCUGCCACGCCCUGGGAGGGCACACAUAGAGGGUUGCCACUGGCCAUGCCACUCUGCCUCUCACCUGGAAGAUCCGUCUGAACCAUCAAACACUGAAACACGAGUGGAACUUCCUUUUCGUUUUUAGUGUAUAAAGUUGGGUAACCAAAUAGAGCUCUGUGUAUAACACCGUGCAGCAGCCUUGAGAACUAUCUUAUGAACUAGACUUUCUUGUAAAAACAAUGGUUAGGUUUAAAAUAAAAAGUUUUAUCAAAAUUUUCCCAUCUAUUGUAAUACAUCAUUAAGUGGCCUUCAGAACUGAGUUAAUAAGUGAAAGGUAGAUUAUGCCGUGAGAUUUGCUUUUUCUCUAUCUUUUUUUUUUUUCCUUUCUCUUUCUUUUCUUCUUCUUUUUAAUACCAUAGGCCAGGCAACCUUGCCAAGGGAUUGGUGGACGAAAAUGAAAUUCUCACCAGAACUUCAGUUUGGAUAACAUCUCAAAAAUAGAAGAGCUUUACUAAAAGAACAAAAGUCGAGGGAGGAAGACUAAAAACAGCAAAACCAAAUAAAGCGGAGGUGAAAGAUUGAGGCAGAUUGCUGUCCCAUUAAAAUAGUGCUGAAACCAAAGGCAGUGAGGGUCCAAGCUCAUGUUUCAGUGAGUCACAUCAGACAGGAAACCAACACAGAUGUGAUGUUGAAUGGAACUUCAAAGAGAUGAGCACUAAGA